GACGCAGCAGGAUAGGUGGAUACCGGGAGAUAGCACAUAACUGCUAUCUUCCCCCAAGAUUAACCAUAAAAUAGGGCCUAUCCAAACUGCUAGUUAGAUGACUUUUAGUAGUUGAGAUCUACUAUCCAGUAUCCAUAUUCCAUAUUAUUCAAGAACCCCCGCAGGGUCCACUUCGUUAUGUCUCCAAUUUUUUAAUGUUGCCUAAUAAAUGCCUAGGCAUUAUCGGCCGCUGUUAAUCGCUCUCCCUUCUGCGGUCAUUUCUUUCCCGAUCAUCGUGGUCCAAACACCAUCCCCAACCCACUCCCCGGAGCAGAGGAGCCAUUUUCAAUCUUUUGCCAUUUUGACAGGUAAAAUUUCCAGAUAAUCAGCCCAUCUCAAGGAAUAAACACAAUAAUUGCCGGCAUGCCGCCGCGCAGGUCUCACAAGAAGUCCCGCAACGGCUGCGAGCUGUGCAAGAAAAGAAGGGUCAAGUGUGAUGAACAGGACCCGUGUUCGAAUUGUUUGACGCGGGGAACGACUUGUAGCUAUGAGCAUCGACCUAGUCCGCUUAUUCAUCGAAAUGGAUCACAUAUCAGUGUGUCCAGCUCUGGUUCUGAAGCGAUAGAUGAGCGUACCCGCCGAAAUUCUGCCCUUCCAUCUCCCCGUCAGGACAUCUACGACUCUUUCUACCGGAAGAUGAGCGUACUCGCCCGGUCGUCAGAAUGGACUGGCCGCGACCCCGAGUUAAUGCAUCAUUAUACUCUCUACACAUCUAGGUCUAUUGCAAGGAGGCCGGAGAUGCAACAAGUGUGGCUCGUUGAAAUUCCUAAGAUUGCAUACUCGCACGAGUUUUUGAUGCAUGGAAUCCUCGCCCUAUCAGCAUUACAUAUCGCAAGUAACUGUCCUGCAGAGUACAGCAGCUACAUGAAAAGCUCCAGAUACCAUAUUACUCUCGCCUUACGCUCCUUUCGCAAGGCUCUUCUCUCACCAACAGCCGAGAAUUGUUGCGCACUGUUUGCCUCUUCGAGUAUAAUCAUGGUAUACACUUUUGCAACCCCCACAGAGCCAGACAGCGCUGGUGCAUGGGCGAUUCUAGAGUCGGUUAUAGAAAUCUUUAAACUCUGUCGAGGUAUUCUGGCACUCAAGAGUUUUAUUGAUUCCAUCCGAAACAGCCCUCUUCGUCCACUGUUUCGGCAAGACUUCGACGCAUCAGUCUGUAUCGCGAAGGGGAACCCAAACAAAUUAUUCCUUGGCAUGGAGAACGAACUUCAUCAACUCAGGUACUUCCUUGAUGUGGAGCUCCCAGAAAAUCAUCAGAGAUUCCCCUGUUGUCAUGCACUGGAGCAGCUUGACUUUUCAUUCAAGUGUAUUCAGAAUGCUGAGUUGCCCUUGGAGUGUGGGAUGAUCUACAUUUGGCCUCUCUCUUUCGAGGAAGAAUUUGUGCAUCUUUUGAAAGAAAUGAACGUGGGAGCCCUUGUAUUAAUGGCCUAUUAUUGUGCUCAACUCUGUGUAUUUGAAGAUUACUGGUUUGUUGGCGAAAGAGCACGGUCACUCUUUUCGGAGAUCUCGACUGCAUUGCCUGAACGGCUAUGGAAAUGGCUGGCCUGGCCGAAGAGCAUCAUAUAUCAUACAGUUGACUUGUAAUCAUUUUACGAUGACUACAUUGUUAACUAGCCGUUGGUAUCUUAUCAGUAAAGAGAUACACUGUUGAAUGAAACUGUACUAGCUACUAUGUGUCCAAGAUCAAAC